ACCUGCACAGCUCACCACUGUGGGGAAACGCUGCUGCUUGUGGAUUCAGGACUUGUGCAUGGACCUGCAGAACCUGGAGCGGGCUCGGGAUGACCUGCGCUUUCGGGGUGUGAAAGGCACCACUGGCACUCAAGCCAGCUUCUUGCAGCUCUUCGAGGGAGACCACAGUAAAGUUGAAGAGCUGGACAGAUUAGUGACUGCAAAAGCAGGAUUUAAGCGGGCGUAUAUGGUCACAGGGCAGACCUACAGUCGCAAGGUGGAUAUUGGAGUCCUGUCUGUGCUGGCCAGUCUUGGGGCAUCCAUACACAAGAUUUGUACUGACAUUCGUCUUCUGGCCAACCUGAAGGAGAUAGAGGAGCCUUUUGAGAAGGACCAGAUUGGCUCCAGUGCCAUGCCUUACAAGAGGAACCCCAUGCGCUCGGAGCGCUGCUGCAGCCUGGCCCGGCACCUGAUGACCCUGGUGCUGGAUCCCCUCCAAACUGCCUCCGUGCAGUGGUUUGAGAGAACACUGGAUGACAGUGCCAACAGGCGCGUGUGUCUGGCUGAGGCUUUCCUCACAGCUGACAUCAUCCUGAGCACCCUGCAGAACAUCUCCGAGGGACUUGUGGUGUAUCCAAAGGUGAUCGAGAGGAGGAUCCGGCAGGAGCUGCCGUUCAUGGCCACGGAGAACAUCAUCAUGGCCAUGGUGAAGGCAGGGGGCAACCGUCAGGAUUGCCACGAGAAGAUUCGUGUUCUCUCCCAGCAAGCAGCUGCUGUUGUGAAACAGGAAGGGGGUGAUAAUGACUUCAUCGACCGGGUCCGUGCUGAUCCUUACUUCAGCCCUAUCCAUAAACAGCUUGAAAGCCUCUUGGAUCCCUCCUCCUUCACUGGACGUGCUCCUCAGCAGGUGGCAAAGUUCCUGAAGGAGGAGGUUCGACCCAUGCUGGUUCCAUACCAAAGCAAGAUGGGUGGGAAAAUUGAGCUGGCCCUUUAGGUGUGUUCUGCAAAGGUGUGGGCACAGGAUGAUAAUAAAAGCCUUGCUGAACCA